UUGAGUGAGCGCGGACUGUGCGAGUUCGAUUCAUUGCUGUGUAACCCACCGCAUGCGCAAUUCUGUUACACAUUUGUGUUGCCUUUAUUUUUGCCCCCUAACAAGUAAAUCUUGGUAGAUGUUGCUCUUUCUUUAGGAUAGCUUCCCCGAAGCGGAAUUAUUGGGAAAGAGGAUGUGCACUCCUUAAAGGCUUUUAAUACCAGAAAGUUGCGCCAUUUUGCAUACCCAGUAGCAGAGUGCAAGCUUGCAAAUCCCUGCCAGGGCUUUUAACUUUUAAGCGUUUUGCCAUUGCGACAUGUCGGACAACUGAUGAAGUUGAACUCGUAUGUUUAUUGGUUUGCAUGGUAUGAACAGCGGUUUUACAGGUCUCGUUUCUGUAAUGAUAGACUGUGUUUUCAGCUCCUUCUAACAAGAAGAAAACAAAUCAAAGCAUUGCCAUUUCCUGGGGAAGAAGUUUACAUAAGCUCCACAAGUCUUUUAGAGAAAGUCGUUUUCAGCCAAAUUAGGAGCAGUUUCCUUUACAUUAAUUAACCUGGGAGCUCCAGAGUCCAAAUGCUUCACCGGCAAAAGCAAACUGUUCCUAGAGAGCAUUUGGUGCUGGGAGGGAAGGGUUGCAGGUUGGUAGACCACGGGGAUUUGGCUCCUUAGUCAAGGAUUACAUACUAAAGCAAACAGUUGGCUGUCUUCCCCUGUGCUCUGGAACACGGUGGGGGAAAUGCGCUCUGUUAGCCUGGUGAACAUUGUUGCUCCGCAUCGACCCAGCCUUGAACUGAAUUGCUGCAAGUGAAGCGUCUUUAGACCCUAUUAAUUACCCCCCAACACACUGAAAAUUACAGGGACUGCUCAUAAGCCCUGUGCCUUCUUUUUAGGCUGUUCCAGAACCUGCUAACAGCACCUUCUCCACCCAAACUAAUUACUAGUAAUCACAGAGGUGAAUGGAGAAAAGGCUCCUUGCCCUGUCCUGGCCCAGCUCCUUGACACUGGGGUUCAUGAUUAACAAAUCAGGACCCACCCAAUGAGGUGGCCUCCAGGGCCUGGUUUCCAGAGGCGGUGCUGGCCCUGCACAGUCUUCCUGAAUGCCAGUCAGAGCUGAGGGAGGAGGCCACCCUGGACAUUGGAGGCUUUGGAGGUGACAGGGCUGCCUGGAAGGGGUGCAGGUGCCUAGCUCUCUCUGGUGUUCUUUGAGAUUCAGACACACAAGUCUCCAUGGCUCCUUACCGCAUCCGCAAAUAUCAGGAGAGCGACCGCCAACGUGUCCUGGACUUGUUCUCCCAGGGCAUGAUCCAGCACACCCCCACCGCUUUCCGCCACAUCCUGAAGCUGCCUCGAACACUUGUGUUCUUGCUUGGGGUGCCCCUCACCCUAUUCCUGGUCUCUGGGUCCUGGAUCCUGGCCCUGGUGUCUGGCCUCACCCUCCUCGCUGCCUUGAGGUUCCUUGCCAAAUACCCCUGGACUGAGUAUGUGGCCCACAGUUUGCACACAGACAUGUCUGACAUCACCAAAACCUACCUCAGUGGGCCUGGCUCCUGCUUCUGGGUAGCUGAGUCUGAGGGGCAGGUGGUGGGCACAGUGGGAGCUCUGCCUGUGGAGAAGCCCACCCUGCAGAAGAAGCAGCUGGAGCUGCUUCACUUAAGUGUGUCCUUGGAGCACCGGGGCCAGGGGAUAGCAAAAGCCCUGGUCAGGACUCUCCUUCAGUUUGCUCGGGACCAGGGCUACAGUGAGGUUGUGCUCAGCACCACCAUGCUGCAGUACUCGGCCAUAGCCCUCUACCAGAGCAUGGGCUUCCAGAAGACGGGCCAGCACUUCCCUUCCAUGUGUGGCAGACUACUCGCUAUUUCUAUAUUUGAUUUUACCUAUCAGCUCCCUUCUGCUCAGGUCUCUCACGCACCAUAGCAGAAAGGGGACCUGUCAUCUGUAGCCUGGUGCACCUGUCAGGACAGGAUGGGCCCUGUAGCAGUAACAAGCUGACUCUGAGUUCUCACUGUAACAAUAAAAGCUUUUAUUUGUAAACAUCAAAGCCCCCGGGGGGUGGGGUGGGGGUGAUUCUGCUCCUUUCCGUCUUUUUGGGUCAUCACUGUUGCAUUGAUCUAGUGACACAAACGUUGCAUAAAAUCAAUCACAAAAGCAUAAUAAACAUUUACUCAGUUUGUGA